UUAACACCCUUUUAGGUCCGCCCUGUCUUUCUUCCUUUCUUACCUUCAUCAUCCCAUUGUAAUGUCUCCAGUCACUCUUUCUUCCGCUGUCGUCGCCGCCCUCAUCGUCUCUGGAGUUGUCGGGCAGAGCACAUACCCUGCAACACCUCUCGCCUCGAAAAGGUUUUCCUAUCCCACGGGCGUUCCCUAUAAAGCAGAUAGCGACGUCGGUCUUAUUCGCGGAGAACAAGCGGGUUACAACCAAUGCAACUCAACAACAGAAGGCCAGACUUCUCUCUGUCAGACAGGUUUUAUUAACAGUAUAGACGAUUUCUGCUUAUGGGCACCCUCAAAAAUUAACUCCACCAUCGCCGACACGGAAGGCGAAGAAGUUGCAUGGUGCACUAAACCCGGUCGAGGAACCCGUCUCAUACCCGCCAAUGCUCUGCAAGGCGUGCAGUUUAUGAAGACUCCCGACUAUAUUCAGGUUGUUGGAUUUAUAGAUCAGGCAAUGAUCAACAUCCAGACCGGUGAUUCUGGAGGAGAAUUGGACCCGCAUGGUGCUGACCUGCGUGGUAACCCUAUGGGAGGCCUCCUGUAUACGCAGCAGUUCAACACUCCGAGCGGCCAGUGGACACAGGUCAUUGAAUGGCACAACUUCAUGGGCGGUGAAGCAUUCUGCUUCAAGGCCUGUGACCCCGCCGGCGCUCACGCGGCCGACUACUGCCAACACGUCUUCGAUCGUAUCGGUUGUGCCUACAAUGCCCCCAACAACGCGCAAAAGGGUGUUUUCGAAUCGUGCCUAGGAGAUAAUCAGGACUUCCCCGGAGUCUAUACUGUCAACGGUCAAGCGGUGACUUACAGUCAACCUCCCGAGUCACUAGGCCCUAUCAUGUCGCUCCCGUACCAACCCCGUGUUCCCCCUAGCUCUAGCUGCACUCAGUUCACCAGCGCCAGCUUGUACACUGCUAUUGCGAGUGUUCAGGCAUCAGCCACAGGAACUAGUUCGAGUGCUAGUGCAUCGGUGACUGGCAGUGGAACCUCCUCUCGAGGUAACACCAAGCCAUCGGGCUCGCAGUCUGGAGCUGGUGCGCAGACCACUGGGAAUGGUAACGGUGCGAGCGCUGGAGCCGUCAUUGGAAUGACAGGUGUCUCGUUUGCUGGAAUUGUUUUGUCGGCCUUGCUUUUCUCAUAAAUUCUCCCGAGUUUUUCCUCCCCCUCUAUUCUUCGUCGCUCCUUUUUGACAGGGACUAUCUACACACUCGUUUGCCUGUCAUUAGUUUAACGAUUUCUCGAACUUUUUGUUUUUGACUGGGUCUCAUUCGUAGAUAAUGUUCGAAUAAUGCCACCUGUUCGUUAUUGUAUUGGACUUUUGAGUAAGAAACUGGAUGUUCUUUCGUCCUAAA